CUGUAUUUCAGGGUAAAAUUCGUGUGCUUCUAAGCUUUCCAGCUUUGGAUUCCUUAGUUAUUUUCUAAUUGGUUCUGCUUGAAAUGUCGGGAGAACACCAAUGUGCUGCAACGAGCACCGUCAAUAAGAAGUGUGAAUGUGAGGAUGAUUUACGGGACUCUGACAGACUAUGGACAGAUUUUGAGCAUUGCGCUCAGCAAGUGUCACGUCUCUACCGUGAUCCUACAUGGAAAUCUCUUCAAACAGCCGCUGCUUCAACUACUCAGUUAUACAAGAGCUCCAUCGAUGUUCAUCGGCGUGGUUUUGAGAAGGGUUUUAGAGCUGGUCGAAUUAGCUUGGCUAAGGAAGUGAUGACAGCGUUGACGAGUGGGUCAGCUAUGGACUUGAACAGCCUCUUUGAGAUGUUAUACGCGAAUGUACGCAUGGCAUCCACCGAAGAUGGGCAACGUAUGGGUCCUCCACCUGUUGUGUCAUCCGACACAGUCGCAGCCGUUCAUCUCUUCCAGCAGGCGCUUUCGCCAGCAGCAUCGCCUUCGUCUCAGAGGGAGAUCCCCGACGUCUCCGUCUACUCUAAUCAAGAAAGUACGGCGAAUAUAGAUGUUUGGAACAGUACUAUAGGAAAUUUCAACUGCUCUCGUUAUUGUACAUAA